GACACGACAAACACCGCACAAACCCAGCGAAAUUGCCGCGAUUCCAUUGCUCGCAACCAGUACGCCGAGCAGCAAUGUGCCUAGCCACGGUGGACGGCUCCUUCCGCCCGCGCACGCGCGGACGCCGCCUCGAGAUCCGCGCAUUCUACCUCCGCCUCGCCUCCCCGGCGCCGGCGUCGGCGUCGGCGUCGACCGACCUCUCCCUCGUCUACCUCCCGGCCAUCGGCGGCGCGGCGCUGGAGCUCGACGGGCGGCCGCUCCCUCCGGCCUCGCCCGCCGAGGUGCCGCUCCGCCGCGUGGGCGCCGACGGCGGCGACGCGGCGGCGUACGCCAGCGCCGACCGCGUCUGCGCCGCCGAGGGCGCGCGCUUCGAGGUGUACGCCGGGAAGGAUCUGGCGGCGGACGGCGUCUUCUUGCGCCGCGGCGGCGGCGGGGGAGGAGGGUGGCGCGUCGAGUGCCGCCGUGCGGCGUCCAGUGCGGUGGUGGUGGGCGAGGUGGUGGUGCUCGAGGAGGGCGGCGCGCUGAUGAGGGCCAGGGCCAAGGCGUCGGCGAGGGGGCUCGGGUGCGGCGGCACGAGGCUGGAGGGGAUACCGGAGGAAGGGUGCGGGUGCGAGUGCGGGAUGUGCGGGGAUGACGACUGGGAGGUGGUCCGAGACGACGGCGAUGACUGCAAAGGUGACCUGGACACGCCGGAGAUGGAGGCGGAGACGUUGACGUGGGCGCUAGAGAUGGGAGCAUGGGCGGUCUGCGUCGGCGUCGGAAUUCUCGCCACGGCGAGGCGGUUCAGACGGAAGCGGGCCUUCUGGUGAGCCGGUCACCGCGCCGGCCGACAAGAGGACGCACUUUUUGUUUUUUCUUUUCACCUUUCAAGUGUAAAAAAUGUCCAAAUUUUGUAGAUUUUUAGCAGAAGAUUUCACCUCAUCUUCUACUCUAGAUUGUGUACAUAUGAAUCGAUCAACGAAAUUACCUUCUCCAACGUUACAUACAUGAUACAUAGUCGAGACCUGUUCGUGGCAUGCCAAGUUGCCAAGC